AUGGCAGCAUUGCAUGCUUCUGCGAAAACGGAAAGCCAUGUGCCAAAUGAUUUGGUAGACCAAAUACCAGGGUCUACGUUCCGGCAGUUGGUCGCAAAUUGUGUAAAGGACUUGGCGAGGACCGCCUGUGUACCGGAGUUGCCCUUCGCCUGUGCACAAAACUUGCCGGCUCAAGAUUCGGCGGUCGAAAUAGUCCACCUCGUGACGUUUAUCGAAAAUGUUCCGGACGUGCCCCGUCUGGUCAAACGACUUAGUCCGGAAUCCAAGUCGACGAGCAGGUGCCACCAGCAGAAAUAA